AUGGUCCACUCGCUCCCAUGGUGGUGUUCUGCAUGCCCAAAGUAUGGAGAUGCAGAUGACUGCGAUGUGGUGGAGUUCACUGGCGAUCCUCCACCUUCACCGGAAUUCGAGUUGCUGGAUGCUGAGAAAGAGGAGCUCCAAGUUGCCGUCGUGCGUGGAUUUCUUUCGCCCAAGGAGGUCUUGCAAGUCACCGGCAUGCGCCAGGCCUUUGCACUCAAGGAGAUAGAUGAUCGAGACGAUGAUCUGAUCUAUCGUCAUGAAGUCUGGAGGAUGGAGCAUGAGCUGAAGGAGGCCCUGCCCAAAGUCUACACCAGGCUGAUGGAUCACUGCAGGGCUCUGGACAACGAGCUCUGGUGUGAGAUUGAGGCAGACGAUCGCUUCUACCCAGAGAUCGAGUACAUUCAAUAUGAUGUGGGCAAGUUGGGCGAGCCCGGAACCAUUGAACCCCACACGGACAACGAGUCCCAGGUCACGGUCAUAGUGCUGUUGUCUCAACCGACAGAGUUCGCUGGCGGUGUGAAUCACUUUGAACCCGGCUGGAAGGGCGGCGACAGUCGCCGUGUGAAGCUGGCAGCAGGCGAUGCUGCAUUCUUCUACGGUGAUCGAUGCGAGCACUGGAUCACGCCUGUGACGUCCGGUCGAAGAACUAUUUUGCAAAUGGAGCUCAGUCGAGGGUGGCGUCACUGCUGCUUCGGACUUUGUAGCUUGUGCUGGGGCUGUUGA